AUGAGAUCCUCCUUCCUGCUUCUUGGUGCGGCCACCGCCGGCGUGCUGGCCAUUCCCACUACGGACCAUGUAGUCCAUGAGCGCCGCGACUUUUUGCCCAGUCAUUGGACGGAAGAGGGUCGCCUAGAUGGCGAGGCCAUGCUGCCAGUGCGCAUUGGUCUGACCCAGUCUAACAUGGACCGCGGCCAUGACAUGCUGAUGGAUUUGUCCAACCCCGGUUCGGACCAAUAUGGCCAGCAUCUGUCAGCCGAAGACGUCCAUGACCUGUUUGCUCCAUCGCAGGACAGCGUAGACACUGUCCGUAACUGGAUUGAGUCUUCAGGUAUCCACCCGGAGCGCGUCUCGCACUCUACCAACAAGCAGUGGCUGCAGUUCGAUGCCACUACCAACGAGGUCGAAGAUCUCCUGCGCACGGAAUACUACCUUUACAACCAUGCUGGCACAGGCCGGUCGCACAUUGCCUGUCGCGAAUACCACGUGCCGAAGUCGGUGCAGGAUCAUGUCGAUUUCGUCAAGCCUGGAAUCAGCUUGAUGGAAGUCCGUGGCGCGCAGCACGCCCGGCGUGAUACCCCUCACACUCUGGCGAAACGCCAACUCGGCAUCUUGCCGCCGAUCUUGCGCCCGCUGACUGAGCCGAUAGAGGCUAUCAUGGGUGACUUCCUUGGGUUCUGCGGUGUGGCUGUCACCCCUAAGUGUAUCAAGGCCAUGUACAACGUCACCGACGGCAGCAAGAAGGCCAAGGGCAACGAGCUCGGCAUCUUCGAAGGUCUGGGAGACGUAUACGCACAAGAGGAUCUGGACAUGUUCUUUUCGACCGUGGCCCAUGAAAUCCCCGAGGGCACCCACCCCGUGCACCACCUCAUCGACGGGGCCGAGGCGCCCGCCGAGGUGACAAACGCGGGCCCCGAGUCCGACCUCGACUUCCAAGUCUCGUAUCCCCUCAUCUGGCCGCAGAACUCGGUGCUCUUCCAGACCGACGACCCAGUGUACCAAGAGAACUACAACUUCACGGGCUUCCUUAACAACUUCCUCGAUGCGAUCGACGGUUCCUACUGCAACGAGGAAUCCCCCGAAGACCCGCCCUACCCCAACCCGGCGAAAGGUGGCUACAAGGGCAAAAAGCAAUGCGGCGUGUACAAGCCGACCAACGUUAUCUCGAUCUCCUACGGCGCCGCCGAAGCUGACCUCCCGAUCAAGUACCAGCGCCGCCAAUGCCAAGAGUGGAUGAAGCUCGGUCUGCAGGGCGUGUCCGUCGUCGUCGCCAGCGGCGACUCCGGCGUCAUGGGCCGCGGCGGUAGCCCCCGCCCGAGCAACUGCCUCGGCGACGAUGACAAGGUGUUCGCGCCGGACUUCCCCGCCACAUGCCCCUACGUGACCGCCACCGGCGGCACCGUCCUCCCGCCGUUCGGCGACGCCGAAGCCCACGAGGAAGUCGCCACGUCGAGCUUCGCCUCGGGCGGCGGCUUCAGCAACAUCUACAAGCGGGCCGACUGGCAAAACGACGCCGUCGAGAAGUACUUCAAGACGGCCGACCCCGGCUACAAGCACUACUCGAGUGUCGACAACAGCUCAUUCGCCGCCGGCGGCGGGAUCUACAACCGGAUCGGCCGAGCCUACCCCGACGUCGCAGCCAUCGCGGACAACGUGCUCGUCUUCAACAAGCUCCUCCCGCAGCUGGUCAGCGGCACGUCAGCGGCAGCGCCGGUGUUCGCGUCCCUGCUGACGCUCAUCAACGAGGAGCGGAUUGCGGCGGGUAAGUCGACGGUGGGCUUUGUCAACCCUGUGAUUUAUGCGCAUCCGGAGGCGUUUAAUGAUGUGACCGAGGGGAAUAAUGAGGGGUGUGGUACUGAUGGGUUUAAGGCUGCUAAGGGGUGGGAUCCGGUUACGGGGAUGGGGACGCCGGAUUAUCAGAAGUUGUUGAAGGUUUUCAUGAAGGAGUAACUUCUCUUCUGUUGGUAUCU